AUGCUGAACUAAUCCUUCCCUUAAUCGAAAAAAAGAAUUCCAUGGACAGAUGAUGUAAAUAAAAUUAGUAUAGUAGGAAGAUAAAAUCCUUAAGUAAUUAGUAAAUAAGUACUAAAAUGAAAGACUUGGCUGGAAGAAAAUAUCUCAGUCUCUCAAAAAAUAAGGCUAUAAUAGAAAUACUAAGGCUUGUAGAGAGAGAUUUUUCAAUCAUCUUGAUAAUUCUUAUAAUAAAAGUGAGUUAUCUCAAAUUGAACUUGAUAAACUUUUUGAACUAAUCAAAAUUCAUGGAAACAAAUGGGUAUUAAUUAUAUAUAAUUAGACUUGUAUUGCUGAAGAGCUCAACCAUAGAACAGAUUAAGAUAUCAAAAAUAAAUUUUAUGCUCACGUAAAAAAAGUUUUUAGGCGAUUAUUAAAAGCUUCUUUUUAAACAACCGAAAGUAAAAUCUGUCAGUUUUAUUUUAGGUUCAACUAUUACUGCUAAAUUACAGCCUUUAUUGAUUUCUAGCAUAUUUUGUUAUGAUAAUGAGAUAGAUUAGAAGCAAAUUCAAAUCGAUGAUGAUAUGAAAGAACUUUUUAAAAGUUUGAUUAGGCAAAAUAAAUCAAUUUAAUAAGGAGAAAAGUUAAAUGAAGAAACUAAAGAAAAAGUUAAGCAAAUAUCAGCUUAUUUGGAAAGAGAAAAGUAUUUUUAGAUAAUAAAUUUUAGUUAAAUAUAUCUGUAAAAUAAAUUUAUAAAGAAAGAAAAUAAAUUAAAAACAAAAACAAAACUUAAUACUUCUAAAACCAAGUUUGUCUUUAACUAAUGUCAACAGUAAAAAAUACUGAAUAGGAUCUAAAAGAAACAACCCAUUUUUGUCUCAGCCUUAAAAAAAUUAGAUUUCUAAUACAUAGAUUUUGACACAAAUAUUGAGAAUGCUUAAAAUCAAUAUCUAUUAGAUAAAAUAAAUGAAAAUGCAUCUCUAUUUUAACAAUUUUAAAUAAUUUCAAGCACUCCUUUUUAUUGGCAUAAGCCUUCAAGUAAAAUGGAAUCCAAUUAUGUAAAAUUUAUAAAAAAUUUAGUAACCUGAAGUAUCAUCUAUUGCUAUUCAUUCAGAUUCAUAUAAUUAUUAAACCUUAUGGAAUAUUUGA